AAAAAACAAUGUCAAGAAUCUAACCGCGUAAAGACAAAAAAAAUUCUAGACACAAACAAUAAAUUAAUAAUUAUACUAGGUGGUGGCCUUCCCUGCUUCCCAUUCAAAUACCUUGCCAUAAGAGGAUCUCUCUUCUAGAAAAAAAUGGACAACGAGAAUGAAGUUUUGUGCGAAAAAAUCAUCAACGAAAUUAAUGCAGUUUUUGUCAAGGAUCCUGAUUUGUGUUCUUUCGAAAUAAUUCCUACAGUUUUGAAUCAAAACAAAUCACCCGUCAUCCACGUCGAUCACAAUCUGGGUCUUGAGUCGUGGUGUGCUAAACAUGUCUACGACUAUGCGCACAAAACAAUAAUUUCAUUGAAACUCUCAAAUCGAUAUCUCUAUAACGAUUCAAUCAUCAAGUACGUUAACAUUGCGCUUCUAAUAAAUCCAGAUGUGACAUCGUUUUGGCACAUCCGCCGUCAGCUUAUCCAGAAGAACAAACUCAAAGUGCACAAAGAAUUUCAGUAUUCCGCUCUUGUUUUGAGCAAAAAACCGAAAUCUAGUGAAGCCUUUGCCUAUCGUCGAUGGCUGUUUUCAUUUCAAAGCAUUGAAUCGAUCGAUUGGCCAAUGGAAAUUGGCAUCUGCGAUCGCUGUGCAGAUAAAAGUUCGAGUAACUAUCAUGCCUGGUCUCAUCGGCAAUGGGUGUUGCAAAAAGAACCGCAACUUCUAAAGACCGAAAUUAUGCUGACGGAAAAAUUUAUGCGCAAGCACAUAAGCGACUAUAGCUGCUAUCAUUAUCGACAAAUGGUUCUUUACAAACUCUUCGAACUGAGUUAUUAUGAUAGCGAUGAAAUCACCAGCAACCUUAACUACAUAAGGGACCUUAUUAAUUUUUAUCUCAUUGACGGAGUACAAUCAACCGAAAAUAUUAUAAGUACGUUAUUGCCAGGAAGCGAUUUACAAGCAAUGGGCGAAGAAAGACUCAAGUCUUUUCUCUUCUGUUGUAAUCUGGCUGCCUAUGAUAUUAAAUUCUGUGAUGAUCAGAAAAAUAUGUUCGGACCAAGAGAGUCGUUCGAGAAUCAUCGUCGUGCGAUGUUAAAAUUUAUAGUCGAUCAUUGUGUUAAAUUUAACAGUACGAGUGACUUUUAUCAACAACCACUUUCCAAAGUCUCAAAAUAUGACUAUUCGUCGAAUGCAUUUUUGUCAGCGUUAAAAAAAUCAGAAGGCUUAAUGGGUGAACGCCACCGUCGAUGGUGUAACCUGUUUUUAGGCUUUGACUAUAGUAAUUGAUAUUCUUCUAUUUCUUCUUCCUGUUUAAAUAAAACAUUGUUCGCGCACGUUUUUGUAUUUAUACGUUGUCGUCUGUUAGAAUCUUUUUCUUCCAGUCUUGUUCUAUUUAAGCUGCUAAAAUGCUAUCAGUGAAAUAAUAACACGCCUCUGCGAAAUAUUUUUCUCUCUUUUUAUUUUUAUUUGUUAUAUCAAUAACUUUUCAUUGCCAAUUUUGAAAAUAUUAUUAUUAAAAAAAUAUUCUUUAAGUAGACGAAUUGUAGAUUAUAUUUUAAUGAUAAAAGCAUAAAAAACAAAUAAAAUUUGCACGUUAUUUUAAAUAACGGAUAUUACCUCGUAUAUAAU